AUGUCCUCUCGACGAUGGACGUCAAGCGCUCAGGAGCUUUUAACGCCUGGAACAGGGCCUGAGAGGAAGCCGCCUGGUUUUGUUCCCACUAAAAAUUGCAACCCCUGCCCAUUUCUGAAACGAGCACUAUAUAGUCGCACAGCACAGCGCUUUUGCUGGGCUUUGUUGAUUGUCUUUGCCAUCUUCAAGCUUCUUUCCUUGGCCCAGAAAGGCGACAAGCUUUACUUUCGCGAGCAUGCUGCGUCUUACUUUCAAAGCCUUGAUAUCCUCGAAAAUGAAUAUUCGGUAGUCUCACAUUGGACGACACACGAUAUAAUUCCUGUCACCUGUUAUUCGCACAACGCACAUGGACGCCAUGUCUCAUUACAAUCCGCAAUCUCUUCCGGCUGCAUGAGCAUUGAAAUGAAGCUUUUCCCUUCCGGAAAUGAUCUAUUGAUUGGACCAAUUCCCGAUAUGCUGUCACGAGAGCUAAACCUCCGGAACCUCUACAUUGAUCCUUUGCUGAGGAUGCUUCGGGAGGUUAACACGAGCCUGGAAACUCCACAUUCCGAUGCAAACAGAAAUGAGGAUGAGAUUCUAGGCUUGUUUACUAAUGACCCUACGCAAACCCUUGUGCUGCUGAUAGACUUUGAUGCCGACCCGGACCGUGUGUGGUCUCAACUUCUUCCAUACCUUGAGCCUCUUCGAGAGGCCGGCUUUCUAUCCUAUUUCAAUGGGUCGGCGGUUGUACAUGGUCCACUCACAAUUGUUACCACCGGUAACGUGCCACUCUAUCGCGUCUUGGAGAGAAGCACCUUCAGGGACGUGUUCUACGAUGCUCCGCUCAUGGAAAUCUUGCCUGUAUCCUCGCAAAACCCACCUCAAAACUCCGAAUACAACUCUCGAAAUAGCUACUAUGCAUCUGCCCAUUUCCGCACAGCAGUUGGGAGUGUGGAUUUCAAUGGAUUUUCAGAGAGCCAGCUCUCCAACGUUCGUCAGCAGGUGCAACUGGCCCACGCGCACGGCCUUAAAGUCCGAUAUUGGGGUACGCCAACUUGGCCCCACGAGUUGCGAAACUAUGUGCGGCGUAUACUCAUCCGUGAAGGUGUGGAUAUCAUCACCGUUGAUGAAGCAAGUCAACCGCACCAAACGACUUUAGAAUCAAGGAAUGACUAG